UGAAACUCCUGGAUCCCGGUCACUAUCAUUGCGCACACCGCGUAUUUUAGAAAGAUUUGGUGUUUAAGCAACCUCUCGACCAAAACAACAAGGCAAAAGUAAUAACCAAUAAAGAAAUAGACUACCGUUGAACUUGAAGCUAGGUAAUCGCCGGCCUGAGAAGAAGGAAAAGGAGAGGAAAGAGAAGACGAUUCGAGGAGAAGAGAAGUUUCAAUAGAGGCAUAAGCGAACCAUGGAGUCGCCGACCUCAUGGGACGCCCUGCGUAAACAGGCAAGGAAACUUGAAGCGCAGUUGGAUGAGCAAUUGAAUUCAUAUCGUAGGUUGGUUUCUACAAAAUCUGAUGAUACAGGCAAUGAUCUUGAGUCCGGGAUAGAACGACUGCUCAAACAGCUUCAGCAAGUAAAUUCACAGAUGCAAGAUUGGGUAUCAUCAGGAGGCUCCGAAAUGGUUUCCCAUACUCUGACUCGGCACCAAGAAAUUCUACAGGAUCUUACUCAGGAGUUUUAUCGGCUCCGCUCUAGCCUUAAAGCUAAAAGGGAACAUGCUUCACUUCUUGAGGAUUUCCGGGAAUUUGAUCGAACAAGACUAGAUUUGGAGGAAGGAGGUGGCUCUGGGGAGCAGGCUCUCCUUAAAGAGCAUGCAGAUAUCAGCAGGAAUACAGGACAGAUGGAUAUUGUGAUUUCUCAAGCACAAGCUACUCUUGGCACUCUUGUUUUUCAGCGUUCAACAUUUGGGGGCAUCAAUUCCAAGAUAAGCAAUGUCAGCAGUCGUCUUCCAACGGUGAAUCACAUACUCUCAGCAAUAAAAAAGAAAAAGUCCAUGGAUACUAUCAUUCUUUCCCUUGUUGCGUCUGUCUGCACAUUUCUUAUUUUGAUUUACUGGUUGACCAAGUAGGAAAGCAUUUUGGAUUGCCGUGAAAAGUGUAUUGUACCAUUGUGGCUUCUUUCUAUUCUUUUGUAGUUACCAACUUUCCUCUCUAUACAUAUUGUAAGUAAGCAUUCUGUUUCUUAAAAUUAUCUUAUAUUGCCAAUGAAGUUUCAGCAUCCUUGUUUUCAAA